CAGACACUUGAUUUUUAUACUCUCUUUUUCAGAGUACUUACAUUUUACUUAUGUAUUGGUAUAUAAAGACAGUUUAAACUAAUUUGGAAAAAAGUUUUUUAGACUUGUUUUAGACUUAAACCUGCCUACUCUGCCUUUAACUGAUGUUCUUCUCAGACGACAGUUUCUGUGGUAAAUUCUAAGAGGUUUGAUAUGGAGACGUGUUUCAGAAUAUUUUUAAUGUUGCUGCUCAUGAUUGCUGUUGUUGAUGGUCAGCAGGAGUUGGAAGUGAAUUACAGCCCUUCAUAUGUUUGUGCAUUAAGAGGAUCAACAGUGAGAAUAACCUGUACUUUAAAAAAUCCAUCUCACCAUGUGAUCGAUAAAACCUUCUGGACAAAAGUUGGAUAUGUACCUGAUGAAGAACCACCUAACCUGUGUUUGGACCCAGAAUACAGAAGAAGAGUUCUGUGUCGAAGUAAAGAUCAAGACACACACAGCAUCACUUUGACAGAUGUGACAGAAACUGAUAAACGCAUCUACUACUGCAGAUUUAUAACAGACAGAGUAGCUGGGAAAUGGCCAGGAAUUCCUGGAGUUCAACUUGAUGUCACAGACCUGCAGGUGGAGACAAAGCAGAGGGUGAAAGAGGGAGAUUCAGUGACUCUUACAUGUAAAACCACCUGCAGUCUGCCUGAAGAAACAACAGUAGUUGUAACGGGACACCAUUCGUCAAACUUUUAUGACCCCCUCCCCCACCCGUUGACAGGGGUCAUAAAACACGACCUGUCAACGGGUGGGGGAGGGGGUCAUAAAAGUUUGACGAAUGGUGUCCCGUUACAACUACUAACAACAUUCAUCUGGUACAGAAACCUAGAGAGGUUCACUAAAGGAAUAACAACAUGGAAUCAACUUCACCUGCGGUCAGUCAGUCGUGAUGAUUUGGGAGUUUAUAGAUGUGAUGCUGUAAGAGGAUAUGAACAUCUUCUGUCCUCUCCUGAUGUUUUUCUUUGGGUUGAUGUGGUUAGACAGCAAGAUUGGGAAGUGAAUUACAGCCCUUCAAAUGUUUGUGCAUUAAGAGGAUCAACAGUGAGAAUAACCUGUACUUUAAAAUAUCCAUCUGACCAUGUGGUCAAUAAAGCCUUCUGGACAAAAUUUGCAUUUGUACCUGGUGCAGAACCACCUAACCUGUGUUUGGACCCAGACAACAGAAGAGGAGUUCAGUGUCAAAGUAAAGAUCAAGACACUCACAGCAUCACGUUGACAGAUGUGACAGAAGCUGAUAAACACAUCUACUACUGCAGAUUUAUAACAGACAAGGAGAAAGGGAAAUACUCAGGAGUUCCUGGAGUUCAGCUUGAUGUCACAGACCUGCAGGUGGAAACAAAGCAGAUUGUGAAAGAGGGAGAUUCAGUGACUCUUACAUGUAAAACCACCUGCAGUCUGCCUGAAGAAACAACAUUAAUCUGGUACAGAAACACACAGAGAUUCACUAAAGGAAUAAUUACAUUGAAUCAACUUCACCUGCGGUCAGUCAGUCGUGAUGAUUCAGGAGAUUAUAGAUGUGCUGCUGUAAGAGGAUCUGAACUUCUUCUGUCCUCUCCUGAUGUUUAUCUUAGUGUUGAGUUGGUUAGUCAGCAGGAUUGGGAAGUGAAUUACAGCCCUUCAUAUGUUUGUGCAUUAAGAGGAUCAAUAGUGAGAAUAACCAGUGCUUUAAAAUAUCCAUCUGACCAUGUGGUCAAUAAAACCUUUUGGACAAAAGUUGCAAAUGUAUCUGAUGAGGAACCACCUGACCUUUGUUUGGACCCAGAAGACAGAAGAAGAAUUCAGUGUUACAGUGAAAAUAACGACACUCACAGCAUUACUUUGACAGAUGUGACAGAAGCUGAUAAACGCAUCUACUACUGCAGAUUUAUAACCGACAGAGUAGGUGGGAAAUGGUCAGGAGUUCCUGGAGUUCAGCUUGAUGUCACAGACCUGCAGGUGGAGACAAAGCAGAGAGUGCAAGAGGGAGAUUCAGUGACUCUUACAUGUAAAACAACCUGCAGUCUGCCUGAAGAAACAACAUUCAUCUGGUACAGAAACACACAGAGAUUCACUAAAGGAAUAAAAACAUUGAAUCAACUUCACCUGCGGUCAGUCAGUCGUGAUGAUUUAGGAGUUUAUAGAUGUGAUGCUGUAAGAGGAUAUGAACUUCUUCUGUCCUCUCGUGAUGUUUUUCUUUGGGUUGAUUUGAUAAGUCAGCAGGGUUGGGGAGUGAAUUACAGCCCUUCAUAUGUUUGUGCAUUAAGAGGCUCAACAGUGAGAAUAACCUGUACUUUAAAAUAUCCAUCUCACCAUGUGGUCAAUAAAGCCUUCUGGACAAAAGUUGCAUUUGUACUUGGUGGAGAACCACCUAACCUGUGUUUGGACCCAGAAAGCAGAAGAGGAGUUCAGUGUCAAAGUAAAGAUCAAGACACUCACAGCAUCACGUUGACAGAUGUGACAGAAGCUGAUAAACACAUCUACUACUGCAGAUUUAUAACAGACAGAGGUGGAAAAUGGUCAGGAAUUCCUGGAGUUCAGCUUGAUGUCACAGACCUGCAGGUGGAGACAAAUCAGAGAGUGAAAGAGGGAGAUUCAGUGACUCUUACAUGUAAAACCACCUGCAGUCUGCCUGAAGAAACAACAUUCAUCUGGUACAGAAACAAACAGAGAUUCACUAAAGGAAUAAAAACAUUGAUUCAACUUCACCUGCGGUCAGUCAGUCGUGAUGAUUCAGGAGUUUAUAGAUGUGUUGCUGCUGUAAGAGAAUAUGAACUUCUGUCCUCUCCUGGUGUUUAUCUUAUUGUUGAGUGGGAUCAGGGUUCUACUCUGUAUAAUGGGAUUGUGGCAGGAUGUGUUGGUUUGUUCUUCAUCAUCGUCAUCUUCAUCAUUCUGUUUAUAUGGAAGAAAAGACGAGACAGGCAAAAUCAGGCCAAUGGCUCCAGUUAUGUUUCACUUUUCACACUAGCAUCAAAAUCUGCUGAUGUUGAUGUUGAAUAAUCCAGUGUCACGGCUCAACAUAAAGAACUGCUUGAUGGCCCGGGGCCAGAGUGACAGAAGCGUGGGCCAGUAAACAGUAUUGUCGCUUGCUCUCAGUUACUAAUAUAUAUAUUUUUUCUUGUGUUUUCAACAAGAAUUUUGGAUUUACUGUAAAUCUUUAAGUAGAGUAAAAUUAAAAAGUGGAAUAAGGUUAUUUAAACUGUUAAAGGACUUCAAACUUCUAAGACCCUGAUGUCAAAGUUUUUAUGCAUUUUUUGCAUUUUAUGCAUUUAUGUUUUUAAUCUAUCUUUUAUUUACUCCUUCUUAAAACUGCUUUAUCCAUUUUGUCUUUUUGUAAAAGUAUGUUACUGAACAAAAAAAUAUGCCUUUGGCUGUUUGUCUGUAUGUAUUCUUAUGCGAUUUUAUAUACAUUUUAAAAUUGCAUCUCUGUAUUAAACAACUAAACUUUACAAACCCUUAAUUACACUAUAGCCUAUAUGUUCAAAAAUUUUGUUUAAGUUUUUCCAUUAGGCAUUUUCAAUUUUUAUAAACAAAGAUAUAUACAGUACUAACUUUUAAAUGUAUCUGAAAUGAUGAAAAGAAAUCACAAUGCAUUUAAAAACAAUUCAUGAACAAUCUAUUAAAUAGAAUGACAAUUUACACAAGUUGAUUGUAUUUUUUGUAUAGGUAUUAAGCAUAUAUUUUCAAAUUAAAGGGGAUCUUAUGAAAAACUUUCAAUUAUUUUACUAGAAGUCAAUGAAAAUUGAGCAGGACCAAAACAUUUUACAGCUAAUCGCUGUCAAAAAAAGUUCAGCGAUGACCUCCAAAGUAUAACAGCAGUAAUGACAUUGUUAAAACAGUUAAAACAUUACCUUACUCUUUGCCUUUUAUAUUUAAAUGUGUUUAGUUUCCGGUCGAAAUGUUGUUUAUAAUAGCUUGAUAGAUAUACCAACUUAAAGUGCCCAAACAAUUAUAUACAGCGAUGCCAUUUAUUGCCCUUACCUUUCUGUGUCCACCUCUAAACAGCAGUCCAUUCGUCAUCGAGAUGCUGUCGCAGUGUUCCUUGUUAUGUUCAUUGUGUAAAUAUUAUUAUAUUGAAAGGGUUUUUUCUUUAAAUGUUACAUUUGCCAUGACGACAUGGUAUUUACAUUUAUGCUAAUGUUAUUUAACCUUUUACCCAGGGCAAAGUAUAAGUACAUGUGGGCCCCAUGAGGGUUUUUCUUAUGCCAACCCUCUUUAGGAUUGCCCAAAGAAAACCCACACAGGCACCAUAUUCUCUAACAAGCCUACAUGA